UCUGCUAUCACUAUAAAGUUCAUGCCUGUGAGAUCACUGAACAAAAAUGCUCAACCUCUGAAGUCAUCCAUUUCUAUUUUUAUCUCAACUGGGGUCCUAAAACCGGUAGCUAUAUAAAAUAUGUAAAUAAGUGUGUGACAGGUUAGACUUUCUCUUUUUUGUAUAAUUAUGUUUAUUCGCGUUUGUUUAUUCACGUUUGUUUAUUCACGUAUGUUUAUUCACGUUAUUCACGUUUAUAUCUCUACAUUUACCUUUACAGAGUCCUACAAAACCAUACUUGGCGCCUCCACAAUCACACACUUACUCACACACAUGAUACUUUAAUGUCCGUUUACACAUAAAUUUGUCUUGCAUUACAGCUCAGCAAUCAGCAAAGAAAGCCAUUAAAAAACAAUAACAUUUAAGAUCGAAAAAAUAUUCACGCCACAUGUAAUAGGUGUAGCCUACACAAAGAUAAUGUCCGUUAGACUAUGAGUGAGGGAUCUACAUGCAUGCACUUACACAUACCCAAACACACUAACACACCUACACACACACACAUUGUUCUCCAUAAGGUUCCCCUGUGCGGCCUUUGUAUCUUAACCAACUUUUGAUUAUAAUGAUUCAUAUAUGUCCUCAGCCAUACUCAUUGCUUUUUCUAUACUUAAACGGGGGGUUCAUACCGACAGUAGGCCUACUCAGUGACUUCGAGAAACGGAUAUCUUUGUGAAAAAUCCUUUAAUCCUUUAAAUAGUAUUUCAUCAAUCCUAUAAUACCUGUGUAUCUUUCCAAUGCUUUAAAAUUAAACUUUUCUCUUUUUGUUCCCUCUAUUUAUUUUUUCCCUAUAGAGCAACCAUGCCGUACGCUAGUGAUAAACUCUACAAGGAAUAUGUGCGGAGAAAUAUGGCUCGUUUCGCAACCCAGGUGAAAGUGAGAGAGAUCCUCCCUCACCUGUCCUGUCUGACACAAACUGACAGGGAGGAAGUGGAGGCGAAGCGGGAAAUGACCGGGAACUAUAACGCCAUGCAGCUGCUGAUUGAUAACCUGAAGCGGAGGGAGAACUGGCCUGAGGAGUUCAUCAGGGCUCUAGAGGAGUGUGAGCACAGCACGCUCGCCCAGGAGAUGAGGGACGCUUACGAGGCCCUGAAACAACCCAAUUCCACAGAAAUGAUGCCUCAGCAGGCAGCUGGUGUCUCUGACAGCCCAGGAGCUGUAACCACCGUUCACAUUCACCCUCCCCCGCCAGCAGACAGUGAGCCGGCCCAACCACCAGUCCCCGCAUCCUCUCCUAGUGUGGCUGCUGCUGAACCCGCUGCUGAGCCCACUGCACCUGCCCCAGUGUCCAGCCCUGAGGCUCUGGUCACCCCCGACGUCACCAGCCGGCCAGCUCCACCAUCCGACGUGGCUGCGGAUGCAGCACCGGCUCCCGAAAGCAUUCCACCGGCUAUCGCUGAGGUUCCGGAGGUUCCCCCGACAGAGGAAGCCCAGGCUCCAGACUUGGCGUUCCCUCUGAGCCUGACGUCCUUGACGGCCCCACAGACACGCGCACGCGCGCUGCUCCUGUGGAGCUCUCGGAGUUCAGCCUGCCUCCGGAUCCACAGCCCCCCGCCGAAGAGACCACUCUAGGGUCCCCAGAGCAAACAAGAGCUCCCAUUCAAGAGACGAGCUCCCCCAACUGCAGAGUGGACCCGCCUGUGCAAGAACCAGAAGAGACAUCGGAUCCCACCAUGCACCAGGUCAGCAUGGAGCAGCGGCCGGCAGAACCGACUGAAGAUGAAGAAGUCCAGCCUCCACCACCCGACAUGCAGAACAUCACCCCACCUGCACCUGCUCCUGCUCCUGCUCCUGUCUCUGCCCCUGUGGUUGCCAUGAUACACCAGCCACCUCCCUCACUAUUGGACAGCAAGCCUGGGGUUCUUCAAAGUGUGGUCGAAGUUUGCUCGCCUUCCCAAGAGCUGGUCACAGAGACUCAACCUCUGGAGCCUUGCUCGUUUACGACGGAUGAUAUGGAGUUGAGCACACCUGCUAGUACCUUGGCAUCUGAGGUAAAUUCAGAGAUUGCCCCAAGGGCCAACACUGAUGAAUGCCCUGAACCAGUCCCUCAGCUGGACACAGCUCCCAGUCUUACUGAAACUUACCACACCCAAGAGCCAAGUGCCAGUGACAAUGGCAGUCCUUCCCAUCAGCCAAAUGGCCUCUUAGAUGACCAAGCCCCCUCUCCCCCUCACACCCCAACAUCCUUGUGCAAUAGUUCCUUGAGUUCCCAGGAGCAAAGCACAUUGGUACAUGUAGUCCAUGUCUCUCAGGACCCAUCAAUCCAGAAUCAAGAUGGGCAAGAGCAAAGCAUAGUGGGAAAUGGAGUUUCCAGUGAGGACACAUCCAUGGUUAACCACAGUGACACGCAAAGUGAGGCAAGUCUGGCAGAGCCAACUAGUAACCACCAUAAUCUCACCCCAAGCACUGUGGGAAAUGAAGUCCAUUUGAGCCCAGUGAAAGAGGAGGCCUCGGCCACAGG